UGCGAGUGGCUGUCAUGGCGGCCGGCGUCGAGUUGGCAGGACUUGCCCACGGAACUGGGGAAAGUCACUGAGCCAGAGGAAGAAGUGGCCCAGCCCGGACGGUGGGAAGUCGUGGGAGGAGCAGAGGCCCCGCGGGGGAGACUGUGCUGCAGGGGGCGGGUCCCCGGGGAAGUGUCCGGCCUGGCCUCCGCGUUCGCGUGCGGAGCCGGACGUUGGUGGGCGCCCCCGAAGCCGGCGUUGCCUAGGAACCCCGCAUUGUGCUGUCGAAUCCUGAGUGUGUAGAUUUUGGAGCGGAGGCAGCCUUUCGAGGACACUUGGCGGGGUCGUCCGACGGUGCUGGACGCUUUUCUCGGAGCGGACCAGGUCGUUCUCUAACCCGCAGCGAUGUCGUCCUGGCUUGGGAGCCUCGGCUCCGGCUUGGGCCAAGUAGGGGGCAGCCUGGCUUCCCUCACUGGCCAGAUUUCAAAUUUUACCAAGGAUAUGCUGAUGGAAGAAGCGGAGGAAGUAGAAGCAAAAUUACCUAAUUCUAUAAGAAAGGAAAUUGAAGCCACUGUUACAAUCUUGCGAUCAGAGAAUGAACGACUUAAGAAACUUUGUACUGAUCUGGAGGAGAAGCUUGAAGCUUCAGAACUUCAAAUAAAGCAUCAGUCAGCAAGUUACCGAAAUCAACUACAACAAAAAGAGGUGGAAAUUAGUCAUCUUAAAGCAAGACAGAGUGCACUCCAGGAUCAGCUGCAGAAGCUGCAGUCAGCUGCUCAUUCCGCAAGUUCAGGAGCCGGCGGCGGGCCGGCAGCCAUUGCCUCUUCGUUCAGCUAUGGCGUCGGUCACCACGCUUCAGCCUUCCAUGAUGAUGGCAUGGACUUUGGUGACAUAAUUUCAUCACAACAGGAAAUAAACAGACUGUCAAAUGAAAUUUCCAGACUUGAAUCUGAAGUUGGACAUUGGAGACAUAUUGCUCAGAUUUCUAAAGCACAAGGACCGAAUAGCUCUGAUCAAAGUGAAAUCUGCAAACUGCAAAAUACCAUCCAGGAACUUAAAAAGAGCCGAAGUCAGGAAAUUGAUGAUCAUCAAAAUGAAAUGUCAUUUUUACAAAAUGCACAUCAACAGAAACUGACAGAAAUAACUCGUCGGCAUCGAGAAGAAUUAAAUGAAUAUGAAGAACGAAUUGAAGAACUGGAAAACCUGUUACAACAAGGUGGCUCAGGAACUGUGGUAACUGAUCACUCUAAAACCCAUGAGAUGCAAAGAACUAUUCACGUUCUACAAACUGAAAAAGUAGAGUCUACAAAAAAAAUAGAAGAACUUGAAGAUACAAUACAAGACAUACGUAAAAAACUAUCUUCUUCUGAAAAUGACAGGGAAGUUUUGAGGAAGGAACAAGAACGACUAAAUGUGGAAAACAGACAAAUAAUUAAAGAAUGUGAAAGUUUGAAACUGGAAUGUAGUAAGUUGCAAUCUUACGCUAUGAAGCAAAGUGAUGAUGUGAAGGAAAAGGAAAGAACUCUUCCACAGGAUGCAUCACUCGAAGAAGUAUUCAGACCACAGCAAGCCUUGUCCGAUGCUGGAAAUGAGAUAACAAGACUGAGUAAUUUAAACCAGGAUAAUCUUGCUGAAGACAAUCUGAAACUUAGAAUGCGUGUCCAGGUGUUAGAGAAAGAGAAUUCCUUGUUGAGUGAAGAAAAGGAAGGACUUCAAAUAUCACUUUUCAAACUAAACAAUGAACAUGAGGAAAUGAAAAGUACAGCUGUAAAAGACAUGGAUUUGGAAUCGAAAUUACAUGACCUAAGACGUGAUUUGGAGGCAAAGGAACAAGAACUCAACCAGAGCCUUACUGAGAAGGAGAUGCUGGCAGCAGAGUUGGAGGAGCUGGAUAAGCAGAACCAGGAGGCUACAAAGCACAUGAUUUUGAUAAAAGAUCAGCUAUCAAAACAACAAACGGAGGGAGAUAACAUCAUCAGUCACCUGAAAAAAGAGCUAGAUGAUGAAAAAAAGAGAGUUCAUCAACUCGAAGAUGACAAAGUGAACAUUGCUAAAGAGUUAGAUGUGCAGAAAGAAAAGUUAAUUCAGAAUGAGCUGGUCCUGAAUUGCUUGCAUUUAGGCAAGCAGGAGCUAGAGGAGAAAAUAGAAAAUUUAGUAGAUCAACUAAGUAAAUCACAGAACAAUAAUUUAAAUAUCCAGAAGGAGAACCUUGAACUUAAGGAGCAUAUUAAGCAUAAGGAGGAGGAACUUUCUAGAGUCAGGCAUGAGUUUACUCAGCCUCUUAAUCAAGACUCUGACAGUAAUUUUAAGGAUGACUUACUUAAAGAAAGGGAAGCUGACAUUAGAAACUUAAGGCAAAAUCUUUCAGAAGUAGAACAGCUCAAUGAAAAUUUAAAGAAAGCUGCUUUUGAUCUCAAAAUGGAAAAUGAAAAGUUGGUUUUAGCAUGUGGAGAGGUAAGACAUCAGUUGGAAGAAUCCCUUGCUGGUAACAGUCAGACUUCUCUAGAAAAAAACACUAUUUUGGAGACUCUAAAAAUGGAAAAAGGACAGUUAGAAGCAGAGUUGUGUCGGGCUGAAAAGAGACUGUUGGAAGAAGUGGACAAGUGUGAGCAAACCAUUGAAGAGCUGUCGCGUGUGCGCGGGUUGAGUGCCGCGUUGCAGCUGGAGCAGGAGCGUCUGAUGAGACUCAGCCAGGAGAAGGACUCGGAGAUAGCAGCGCUCAGAAGGGACGUCCGGCAGAUGGGUAGUGACCACAAGGCGGCUCAGAACAUGCUGUCUUCCAGUUUGGAGGAGCGGGAGCAUUUGGCAGGGCUCAUGAACGAGAAAGAAAUCGUUAUUGAAAAGCUGAAAGAGAGAAGUUCAGAGCUCCAGGAGGAAUUAGAUAAACAUACCGAGGCCUUAAGAAACACUGAAAUUUUGAAGCAAACCUUAGAGGAAAAAGACAGAAUUCUCGCAUCUAUGAAAGAAGAAAACAGUCACCUAAAAGAGGAACUAGAACGACUCAGGGAGCAGCAGAGCCGAGCGGCACCUGUGGCCGAGCCUAAAGCCCUGGACUGCAUUACGGACCUGGAGUCGGAGGUGUCUCAACUGAACGUAAUAAAGGGUGACCUUGAAGAGAAAAUAAAACAUCAUCAAAAGGUAAUUGAAGAUCAGAACCAGAGUAAAAUGCAACUACUUCAGUCUUUACAGGAGCAGAAGAAGGAAAUGGAUGCGUUUAAGUACCAGCACGAGCAGAUGAGUGUCACACACACCCAGCUCUGUUUAGAGAAAGAUGAGGAAAUUAAGACCUUGCAAAAAACAAUUGAAGAAAUCAAAACCCAGUUGCAUGAAGAAAGGCAGGGUGUUCAAACAGAGAAUUCUGAUAUUUUUCAGGAAACAAAAGUUCAGAACCUUAACAUAGAAAAUGGAAGUGAAAAGCAUGAUUUAUCUAAAGCUGAAACGGAAAGAUUAGUAAAAGGAAUAAAAGAGCGAGAAUUAGAGAUUAAACUUCUAAAUGAAAAGAAUAUAUCUUUAACGAAACAGAUUGAUCAGCUGUCCAAGGAUGAGGUUGGGAAACUGACUCAGAUAAUCCAGCAGAAAGAUUUGGAGAUACAGGCUCUUCAUGCAAGGAUUUCCUCAGCCCCCUACCCACAGGACAUCGUGUACCUUCAGCAGCAGCUGCAGGCCUUCGCCCUGGAGAGGGAGCAGCUCCUGGCUGUUCUGAAUGAGAAGACUCGGGAGAACAGCCAGCUAAAAACUGAAUACCACAAAGUGAUCGAUAUCAUUGCUGCCAAAGAAGCAGCCCUCAUUAAGCUGCAAGAUGAAAAUAAAAAAUUUUCUACUAACUUUGAAAGUACAAGCCAAGAUAUGUUUCGAGAAACUGUUCAAAAUUUAUCACGUAUCAUUCGAGAAAAAGACAUUGAAAUAGAUGCAUUAAGUCAGAAAUGUCAGACCUUACUGACAGUUUUACAGACGUCCGGCACCGGUGACCAGGUGGGCGGCGUUAACAGUAAUCAGUUUGAGGAGCUUCUGCAGGAACGCGACAAGUUAAAACAACAAGUAAAGAAAAUGGAAGAGUGGAAGCAGCAGGUGAUGACCACAGUACAGAACAUGCAGCACGAGUCAGCCCAGCUUCAGGAGGAGCUCCAUCAACUUCAGGCACAAGUUUUGGUGGACAGUGACAAUAAUUCAAAGUUGCAGGUGGACUACACUGGUCUGAUCCAAAGUUACGAGCAGAAUGAGACCAAGCUCAAAAAUUUUGGGCAGGAAUUAGCACAAGUCCAACACAGUAUAGGACAACUCUGUAAUACCAAAGAUCUUCUUUUAGGAAAGCUUGACAUCAUUUCCCCUCAGUUCUCUUCCGGAUCAUCGCUCACUCCCCAGUCGGCAGAGGCUCGUGGAGCAGUUCAGUCUGAAACACCAAGUGAGCCUUCUCAGCAGGAGUUGGAAGAGCUCAGAAAGUCGCUGGAUGACAAGGAUGCAACUAUUCGAACUCUCCAGGAGACUAACCACAGGCUGUCCGAUUCAGUGGCUGCUGCCUCAGAGCUAGGGAGGAAAGAACACGAACAAGCAGGGGCAGAAAUUAGGGAGCUGAAGGACAAACUAGACGUUCUGCAAAAGUCCCUGAAGGAGAAAGACCUCUUAAUCAAAGCCCAAAGUGAUCAGUUACUCUCCUUAAAUGAAAAUUACACCAACAAGGUAAACGAAAGCGAGCUGCUGAGGCAGGCGGUGACGAACCUGAAGGAGAGGAUAUUAAACUUAGAAAUGGACAUUUGUAAGUUAAAAACGGAAAAUGAAAAAAUAGUGGAAAGAAACAAGGAAAAGGAAACAGAGUACCAAGCACUGCAGGAGACCAAUACGAAGUUCUCUGUGAUGCUGCAAGAAAAGGAGUUCGAGUGCCACUCGGUGAGAGAGAAGGCCCUGGCUUUCGAGCAGCUGCUGAAAGAAAAGGAGGGUGAGACUGGGGAGUUGAAUCAGCUUUUGAACACAGUUAAGUCAAUGCAGGAGAAGACAGUUACGUUUCAGCAGGAGAGAGAUCAAGUCCUGUUGGCCCUGAAACAGAAGCAGAUGGAAAACACCGCCCUGCAGAAGGAGGCUCAGCAUUUACGUGACAAAGAAUUACGCUUAAAUCAGGAGCUAGAGAGGCUACGGAACCAUCUUUUAGAGACAGAAGAUUCUCACACCCGCGAGGCUUUGGCUGCGGAAGACAGAGAGGCGAAGCUGAGGAAGAAAGUCGCAGUGUUGGAGGAGAAGCUACUCUCGUCCUCAAGUGCAAUGGAAAAUGCAAGCCAUCAGGCCACUUUGCAGGUAGAGUCACUGCAGGAACAGCUGAAUGUCGUCUCCAAGCAGAGGGAUGAAGCUGCCCUGCAGCUCACUGUGUCCCGGGAGCAGGUGAAGCAGUACGCGCUGUCGCUCUCCAACCUGCAGAUGGUCCUGGAGCACUUCCAGCAAGAGGAAAAAGCUGUGUAUUCUGCUGAACUAGAAAAGCACAAACAGCUCAUAGCAGAAUGGAAGAAAAAGGCAGAAAAUCAGGAAGGGAAACUGAUAUCAUUACAGGAGCGUUUGGAUGAAGCAAAUGCUGCGUUGGACUCAGCAUCGAGACUCACAGAGCAAUUAGAUUUAAAGGAAGAACAAAUCGAACAACUUAAAAAACAAAACGAGCUCCGACAAGAAAUGCUGGAUGAUGUACAGAAGAAAUUGAUGAACUUAGUCAACAGCACAGAAGGAAAAGUAGACAAAGUCCUGAUGAGAAACCUCUUCAUUGGACACUUCCACACACCCAAAAAUCAGCGUCACGAAGUGUUACGAUUAAUGGGAAGCAUCCUGGGCAUCAAAAAAGAGGAACUGGAGCAGUUGUUGAAUGAAGAUCAGGGUGGCGUUACCAGAUGGGUGACUGGGUGGCUUGGAGGAGGAUCCAAAAGUGUUCCCAACACGCCUCUGAGGCCAAACCAGCAGACCGUGUUCAACAGUUCUUUUUCAGAACUUUUUGUUAAAUUUCUAGAAACGGAAUCUCAUCCGUCCAUUCCACCACCAAAGCUUUCUGUCCAUGACAUGAAGCCUUUGGAUUCACCGAGGAGAACACUGGAUGCAAAUGUACCAGAAAGUUAUAAAGAUGUGGCAGAACCCCGGUCUGGCAGAAGAGCGGACGUGAACCCGUUCCUGGUGACCCGCUCCGCGGCCCUGCCGCUGGUGAACCCCGCGGGGCUCGGGCCUCGCGGGCCUGGGCACCUGCUUCUGAAGCCCAUUUCGGACGUGCUGCCCACUUUCACGCCUUUGCCGGUGUCGCCUGACAACAGUGCCGGGGUCGUCUUGAAGGACCUUCUGAAGCAGUAGGUGGCUCUCAAGCCUGAAACGACAGACCUUGCACUUUAAACAAACGAUGAACACGACGUGGGUGCACUUGACCACUAAGGGGCCUUUCAGAACAGUCAUGUAUUUGUCUGCAGUUGUACUUUCUCCAAAUUUAAUAAAAAUAGUCUUAAUACUUUUAGAAAUUGCAGGUGUCACAGGAGGCAGUGUUUGCUACAUUACUGGUUUUUUCCUUCUCUGAUUUGACCCAAUUUAAGCUAGAAGCAUUUGAUUUUUUUUAUUUUAACAAAAAUAGAAAAAUAAAAAGAGAAAAAUACUGGUAGCUAUA